AUGUCACUGUGGAACAUCGAGGAUAAUAUCAAGAUGCGUGUGCACAGUGCGUCGCAUAUAACUGUGAGUGAUAUCGAUAGAAUAUACGUCAAGGCGGCCAUAUACAGAGGAAAUGACUUGAUUGUGAAUCGAAACUCGGAUUCCGUCUCACCAACGAAUCCGCGAUGGACCAAUGGAAUGUGUGCGCAUCACAGUGGGCGGCGAUUGGGUGUGGGUGGAGCUUGCGUUAACGAUCGCGAUGCGUUGGCGGCGGCGGCGGCGAAAGUGCGCUCAGCGUGA